AUGAGAUCUCAAGCUGCGCGUAUUGUCAUAAAGGCCCCUCUUCGGCAUCGCGCCUUCGUUCAGUCCGCAACCCUGCUCCGACCCCACUCCACCUCCGCCCGCAACACUCGUCCGACGGCGGGCUCCAAAGUACUCCGAGCAGCCCCAACAAUUCCAUUCUUUGGCGCCUUCUUCAGCUCAAACAAGCCAGACGAAACAAAAGAAAACAUGUCGUAUCCUGAUCAGCGAAGCGAGGCUGAAUGGAGGGCGGUUCUGAGUCCUGAACAGUUCAGAAUCCUUCGUGAGAAGGGAACAGAGCGUCCCGGGACCGGUGAAUAUGAUUCCCACUCUCCAUCAACGGGCGUAUAUAACUGCGCCGGUUGCAACGCUCCGCUGUACAAGGCCGAUCACAAAUUCAAGUCUGGCUGUGGCUGGCCAGCCUACUUUGACUCUAUUCCCGGUGCUGUAAAGAGACAUGUGGAUAACACUUUUGGUAUGAAGCGCACCGAGAUUACCUGCAGCAACUGUGGAGGCCAUCUCGGCCAUGUCUUCGAGGGUGAAGGGUAUCCGACCCCGACCGAUGAGCGUCACUGUGUGAACAGUGUCAGUCUGCGGUUCACAGAGGAUGAAGGUACCAGUGGCAAGUCCAAGGCGUAA